AUGUUUGUUUUGUGUGAAAUGAAAGAUGUUAUACGUGUUACUCCUGAUCACUUUCAUCAAAGUUUAACAGAAUCUAUAUCCACAUUACUAAAUAGAAAAUUAGCUAAUAAGGUAGUUUUGAAAAUAGGUUUAUGUAUUGCUUUAUUUGAUAUAACAGACAUAGGACACUCUUUUAUAUUUCCGGGUGAUGGUUCAUCACAUACAGAAGUCAAAUUCAGAUACAUAGUUUUUAGGCCAAUUGUUGAAGAAAUACUAAUUGGAAAAAUAAGAAGUUGCAGCAGGGAAGGUGUCCAUGUAACUAUGGGAUUCUUUGAUGAUAUUCUAAUACCAGUCAAUGCACUUCAACACCCAUCACGGUUUGAUGAAACAGACCAAGCUUGGGUUUGGGAAUACCCUAAAGAAGAUGGUGAAAAACAUGAUCUAUUCAUGGAUUCAGGUGAAUCAAUUAGGUUCAGAGUUACAAGUGAAGCUUUUGAGGAAAUUUUACCGAGUGGACCACCAGGUUCUGAAUGUACAACACAGACGGUGGCCCCAUAUAGGUUAAUUGGUGGCAUAAAUGAACCUGGUUUAGGUUUACUGACCUGGUGGGAAGCACCAGAACAAGAUGAUGCUGAAGAAGAUGAAGAAAAUGAUGAAUAA